AGAGUGAUAGGAACUGUGGGAAAGAAUCGAGUGAGGCAAUCUGGAGAAAAGAAGGCUGUAAGCGCUGCUGAAAUUGCUUUUGGGGCGUCUGCAGAAGCACUUAAGUUGCGAGUGUAGCCGAGUAAAAUGUCAGCUGCAGUAGAGGACCUGGAUAACAGCAAGAUGCGGUCAGUUUCAGUCGACUUGAACAACGACUCAAGCCUUUUAAUUGACAUUCCUGAUGCUCUCUGUGAAAGAGAUAAAGUAAAGUUUACAGUUCACACCAAGACUACAAUCAAUGUCUUUCAAAAACCAGAAUUUUCAGUGCCCAGACAGCAUGAAGACUUCAUAUGGCUACAUGACACCCUUGUUGAGACAGAGGAAUAUGCUGGGCUUAUAAUUCCACCAAUUCCUCCAAAGCCAGAUUUUGAAAGUCCUAGAGAAAAAAUGCAUAAAUUAGGAGAAGGGGAAGCCUCUAUGACAAAAGAUGAGUAUAUGAAAAUGAAACAAGAACUUGAAGCGGAGUAUCUCGCAGUAUUUAAAAAAACGGUACAGGUUCAUGAAGUUUUCCUUCAACGCCUGUCUUCUCACCCAGUGCUCAGCAAAGACCGGAACUUUCACAUUUUCUUAGAGUACGACCAGGAUCUGAGUGUCAGAAGGAAGAAUGCCAAGGAAAUGUUUGGAGGUUUCUUUAAAAACAUGGUAAAAUCAGCAGAUGAAGUUAUAAUAUCGGGAAUAAAGGAAGUUGAUGAUUUUUUUGAUCAAGAGAAGAACUUCUUAACCGACUAUUACAAUAAAAUCCGGGAUGCAACAGCAAAAGCAGAGAGAAUGACCAGAGCUCACAAAAAUGUUGCUGAUGACUAUAUUCAUAUCUCCUCCAACUUAAAUGACCUUUCUGCAGAAGAAGCAGCCGCACUUAAAAUGUAUCUCCUGAAAGUAGUAGAACUGUUUGAAAAGCUCCGGAAAGUAGAAGCAAGAGUGGCUUCUGAUGAAGAUCUGAAAUUGACCGAACUUCUAAGGUACUACAUGAGAGACAUUCAAGCUGGCAAGGAUCUUUUAUACAGAAGAGCAAGGGCUCUUGCUGACUUUGAAAACUCAAAUAAGGCAUUGGAUAAGGCCAGACUAAAAAGCAAAGAUGUCGCAAUAGCAGAAGAACAACAGCAGCUCUGUUGCCAGAAAUUUGAAAAGAUUUCAGAAUCUGCAAAGAAAGAGCUGACCAGUUUCAAAGCAAGAAGAGUUGUAGCUUUUCGGAAAAAUUUAAUUGAAAUGGCAGAAUUAGAAAUAAAACAUGCAAAGAGUAAUGUUUCCCUUCUGCAAAGCUGCAUUGACCUGUUUAAGAACAAUUAAACUUGUACUGGCCUGUGUCUUGACUUGACACAAAAAAGGAGCGUAAACCCAACUACUGUUGCACUUCCAUUAUUUCUCGCUCUCUUUAGUUAAUUUCAAGCUGUGAGACUGCAAACAUUCCAAAGGAAAUUUACCGAUAUUUUAUUAUAAAGUUUAUAAAAGGUUUUUCAGCGCAGUUCUGCAGAAUUUCCUGCUAAAUGCAGGGGAAAAUACUGGGAUUUUUUUUUUUUUUUGCCAAAUGUAUAGGAAAACUUGCCAUUUUUAUGGUUAAUAAGAGUGGACCCUUUGCAUUGCAUAAUUUCUUUGUGUAGUGUGUCAACGUUACAUUCCUCUUUAUCUGGCACUUUUGUAUAAAUAGGCAUCUUUUUACCAUCUUUCAUUUGGAAAUGUAAUACUUCUGGAGAUUGUGUAGCAAUAAAAAAAUUCCCUUUUGUAAUAACAGACAUCACCACCCUUAGUUUAGCUCUCCAGGUGUCUAGUGAUGUAUGUAUUUGUGCCUUCUGUUCAUGUCGUCAUUUUUUGUAGGAAUUUGCAUAUUUUAGAUUACCACACAACAUUCCUGGCCCACAGCUGUCACUUGUCAGUUUUUCCCUUUCAUGUUUUUUUGUGUGGUGGAAGUAGGAGUAGCCCACACUGUUCUUAACAAUUUUGGUAACCGAGUUCAAAGUACAUUAUAUUUUCCUCAGACUUCUAAAAAUUGAUUUCAAGUACAGUUUUUUUUUUUCCUUGUAUUUAACAUCCCUCAUGUCCAUUGGUAGUAAUGCUGCUUUCCAGUGGGAAAUGGUGAGUAAGCAACUUUAAUCUUGGAAAUAAGAAAACUGCUUCCAAUUAUAACAAUCGAUAAUUGGCCAAAUAUAAAUUGGUGAUAUUGUCUUUUUGUUUAGUUAUUCCCCACUAAGAUAAAUGUAGAAUGGUUUGCACUCUCUACGCAUUUUAUUGCAUCACAUCAUAUAGAUAACUAUUACAUGUAAAUAUGUAUUAAGUUCUUUCAUUAUUUAAAAGCUUGUUCCCAUUUUUAUUUGUGUGUUGAUGGUUAAAUAGCCUUUUAAUCUAAUCCUGGAUGUUGUUGUAUUCCAGGCUACAUCUCCAUCUUGCUUUUUUUUAUGCUCAACUUUCCUUGAGAAGAAGAGUAUCCAGAUAUAAUCUGCAAAGCCAUUCAAAAGCCUUCUGUUAGGUUUGACUGGAUUCAAGAAGCUUGUCCAGCAAGUAUACACUUUAUAUGCAGGUCUACACAUAUUACUGUGUACAUACUUGUUUUGGACAGAGAGGCAUAUCGUUGGGCUGCCAACAAGUGGUAUCGAUUCCAAGGUAUCAAAUCUGUGACUAGAGUGAGCUACUGUUUGGUGUAAUUACAUUACCAUAUGUCUCUCUCUCACAUUGAACUUAUUUCUUGCUUUCUGAGUUUCCAUUUUUCUUUGAAGCUCAAGUUCACUUCAGAUAGAUGAACCUCUGUAUGUUGUGCAAAUUCAUUUUGAAAUCAUUUUUAGUGGGUUUUGUUACUAACUGGGGUCAAAUUUUACUUCAGUAAUUUAAAGCAAUGGUGUCAGAUUCGGUUUUAUUGUAGGCCAUAAAUAAUAAUUGUGGCAUUUCGUGUACUUUGCACUUUUUUAUUGUUGAGUCAUUAAGAGCCACUGAUUUCAUUAUAUUUUCAUUAUAUGUACUGUAUUUAUAUUUUAAGAGAAACUUUCAUUGUUAAGUUAAACAUGAAACACAAUGCAACCCAAAAGGCUUACAGUAGUGAUCUGACAGACACCAGCACAAAUGAGAAACAAAAGCAGUCAAACAUCUUUGUUUAUUUAACUUUUAUAACAUCUUUGCGUCAAUUUUGACUUGUUUCUGUGUUUGAAAGAAGUUAAAGCACCUUAAAUUUCUUCCGUUUAGAAACUUUGUGAUUUCCGAAACAUUUCCCAAAAUUAGCAGUAACAAAAAAUUAAACAUCCCACAAUUUGUGCAGCAUCUGAAAAAUAUUUACCUUGCCAUGUCUUUUGACCUUUGACUUUAAUGGAUCUUCCACUAUUUAAGAUGGAGUGGAUGUUCACAACCAGUAACAACAUCUUCAAUGUCAUCAUUUCAGCUCAGCUUUUAGUAAAGCUCCCUGACUUUAAAACAAGCAAAAAGUUUCAGAACAUUACAUUUUUGUAUAGGUACUACACAUUUUGAACACUGCCAUGUCUUUCAGGUUAAUAUUUGUUGAGGUUCUGCAAAAGCUAAAUUUUCCCUUGGGCCAUAUAAAGUGUUGUCGUUCCACCUAUAUAUCUAUAUACUUCAGUAGAGUUUACUCUGUUUUUUUUUUUUUUUAGUAGAUUUCACUCUCUUUGUAGGUAGGUUUGUUUACUUCCAACAAAAACAUCUUAAAUUUCAUCAGUUCUAAAAUUACAGGAUCAUCAUUACUACAAGAUAAAGACAGUUGGGGUGAAAAAUGUGACAUCUAGGGCAGUUACAGCACUGAGUCAGCAUAUGAAAAAGUUGUGAGGGUUAACUGUCCUGAACACGUGUGUUGUGGCUUUAAGAACAUUCCAUGGUGUGCUUUCUGACAAUCUUAACACUACACCAUAAUUUUCACAGGACUUUACUCAGAAUUGAGUGGCUUAUCCCCGAAGUGUUUUACCUUUUGGGUUUCCUUCAGUAAUUAUUGUGUGAUAACUGGUAAUUAGGUGUGUUCGCUCUAUUCCUAAACUUGUUAUCCAGUAGAGAAGCGUGGAGAUGUAUUGUGUUCAAGUAUACAAACUUGAAAGAAAACUCUGUGUAAGUUGAUAAUUCAUGACACUUUGUUUUUUUUUUUUUUUUUUCUUUUGAUUUUGAAUGAAUCAAGUCGAUUUAACUUAUACUCUGUAUAAUUUAAAUAAAUCACCAUUUAAUGUGACAACUUUCACAUUGGCAACCUGUCGCAUGUUGAUUAACACCAAUAAGUAAGAAUUUCACUGUACUCUGUGCACAUGACAAUAAUGACUCGAUAAAUCUAUUUUUGGAUUCUCUCCAGAUUGAUUUGCAUUUUAUACAUUGUGCACUGUGUAUAAUUUACUGACCUGCCCUUUUUUUUCAGUUCUUUCUGUUAUAAUUAUAGCCCAACAUUUGUGGCUUCUGAAAAAGAAGUGCCAGGCUGGGAUGAUUGCUGCCAUGGUUGCUACAGUAACUGCUAUAUAAGGCAUCAGUAUAUCAUGUUUGGUAGCACCUUGCAGCAUUUCAGCCUUGGUUUGAUUCUUUUGCAUGUUCUCCCUGUGUUUUGUGGAUAUUCUUUGAAGACUUCUUUAGUUGCCUUCCACAGUCUUUAAGAUGAGCUGCUGAGUUGAACAGUGACUGCUUGCCUUGGCAUGAGUUUGUGUUGACUACAUGCUCUCUCAAGUAGAUUGUGGCUCUUAUUUUUGCGUCUGUUGAACUGCAGCUCCUUACAGCCUCAAAUAGUUAAGCAGAUCGCCAAGGGACCAAAAUAUAUUCUGAAAUACAAGUGUUGGGUUUUUCUCAUUGAAUGCAGGUAAAGAUUUUUCUCCAGAAACAUUCAUGUUGAAAAAUUUGAUGGAAACUUUCUCAAUGUGGUUAAUUGACUGAUAUAAUGUGUUAUUGUAUUGCUUUUAUAAUAAAUAACAAAAUUUGUAUAGAGCACAAAAAAGUCCAAUUUUACAUGCAUGCAUUUGACUUAAAGGAUGAUUUAUUUUUAAAAUAGAGUAUAAAUAAAUGAUACCUUUCAGUAA